UCACUGAUGUGGAACUGAAGCGGCUGAAAGAUGCCUUCAAGAGAACCAGUGGCCUCUCCUAUUACAUGACCCAGCAGUGCUUCUACAGGGAAGUGCUUGGAGAUGGAGUUCCCCCUAAAGUUGCAGAGGUGAUCUACACUUCGUUCGGAGGCUCAUCCAAAGGGCUGCACUUUAACAAUCUGAUCGUGGGUCUGGUGCUUCUGACCAGAGGACGCGAUGAGGAGAAGGCCAAGUACCUCUUCAGCCUGUUUGCCAGUGAUCUGGGCGGAUAUGCUGCCAGGGAAGAUAUCGAAGCAGUUCUGCAGGUUUUGGAUGGAGAAGUCCCAGCCUCUCUCAAGAAGUGCUUCUUUGAGGGUGACAAGGUGAACUAUGAGCGCUUCAGGACCUGGCUGCUGCAGAACAAGGAGGCCUUCACUCUGUCCAGAUGGCUUCUAUCUGGAGGAGUGUGUGUCACGCUGACAGAUGACAGCGACACGCCGACCUUCUACCAGACCCUGGCUGGUGUCACACACUUGGAGGAGUCUGACAUUAUAGACUUGGAGAAGCGCUAUUGGCUGUUGAAAGCUCAGUCCAGAACCGGCCGCUUUGACUUGGAAACCUUCGUCCCGCUGGUCUCUCCUCCCAUCCACGCCUCACUGAGUGAAGGCUUGUUUCACGCCUUUGAUGAAAAUCGGGACAAUCACAUCGACUUUAAAGAGAUCUCUUGUGGACUCUCGGCGUGCUGCAGGGGGCCCGUCGCUGAAAGGCAGAAAUUUUGCUUCAAAGUGUUUGAUGUGGACCGCGAUGGGGUUCUGUCUCGAGAUGAGCUCCAUGAAAUGGUGGUGGCCUUGCUGGAGGUGUGGAAGGACAAUCGCACAGACACACUCCCUGAGCUGCACAGUAGUGUGUCAGACAUAGUCGAGGGCAUCCUGAAGAUGCACGACACAACCAAGCUGGGUCACCUGACCCUCGAGGACUACCAGAUCUGGAGUGUGAAGAGCGCUUUGGCCAAUGAGUUCCUGAACCUGCUUUUCCAGGUCUGCCACAUAGUUCUGGGGCUCAGGCCUGCUACUCCUGAGGAGGAGGGGCAAAUCAUCAGGGGCUGGUUAGAGAGGGAGAGCAGACAUGGGCUGCAGCAAGGCCAGAACUGGUUCCUCAUCUCCAUGCUGUGGUGGCAGCAGUGGAAGGACUACGUCAAAUAUGAGCAUAAGGGCAUCGUGGUGGAGCAGCCAUCCAUCCUGAGCUCGCUUCGAAGUCCGAUGGCCACGGCCAUUGUGGAGCCUGCCCCGCCUGACAGACUGGGAGGACUGGGAGCCUUCAGCCCUGUCAGCCCCACAGAGGAGAGGUCGCCUGAUGCUGUGUCCAGCGCCUCGGAGGCCACAGAAACUGCCCUGAGCCCCCAGGUAGCUCCCUCAGCUACAGAGAGCUGUUUUGCCCGUCAGCACAACGUAUCAGACAACAACAAUCAGUGUUUCUCUGGAGCGAACGGCCACCUCCCCUCCCAGCUGGCAGCGCAGAGACCUGGAGCAAUCGACAACCAGCCUCUGGUCAACACCGACCCCAUGAAGGCCCCUACGUUAACCAUGGAGGGUGGUAGGCUGAAGCGCUCCUUGCAGCUGGUGCCUGGUAGAGACUUUGAGACGGUGCCAGAGCCGGUGUGGCGGGCACUUUACCACUGGUACGGUGCCAACCUCAGCCUGCCACGGCCGGUGAUCCUGGAGAGCAAGACAGGCCAAGCAGAGCUGGAGCUCUUCCCCCGCUACCUCCUCUUCCUCCGCCAGCAGCCGGCCACACGCUCGCCCCAGUCCAACAUCUGGGUCAAUAUGGGUAUGACCAGCCUGCGAAUGUUCCCACCGUAUUUACCCCCACCAAGAGGUAGUGUGCCAUCCCCCAACGCUCCUCUGAAGAGGAUGCUGGCUUACACCGGCUGCUUCAGCCGCAUGGCCACCAUCAAAGACAUCCACCUCUACCUGUCACAGAGGCUCCGCAUCAAGGAGGAGGACAUGAGGCUCUGGCUCUACAACAGUGAGAACUACCUCACCCUCCUGGACGAUGAAGAUCACACACUGGAAAGUCUGAAGAUCCACGACGAGCAGCAGCUUGUUAUUGAGGUCAGGAACAAAGACAUGAGCUGGCCCGAGGAAAUGUCUUUCAUUGCCAACAGUAGUAAGAUGGACCGACACAAAGUUCCUACAGAGAAAGGAGCCACUGGCCUCAGUAACCUUGGCAACACCUGCUUCAUGAACUCCAGCAUCCAGUGUGUGAGCAACACCAAGCCUUUGACAGACUACUUCAUCUCAGGGAGACACCUCUACGAGCUCAACAGAAUCAACCCCAUCGGGAUGCGAGGUCACAUGGCCAAGUGUUAUGGUGACCUAGUGAUGGAGCUGUGGAGCGGGACACAGAAGAAUGUGGCUCCGCUCAAACUCAGGUGGACGAUAGCGAAGUACGCCCCACGCUUCAACGGCUUCCAGCAGCAGGAUUCGCAGGAGCUGUUGGCCUUCCUGCUGGACGGCCUCCAUGAAGACCUAAACCGAGUCCACGAGAAGCCCUAUGUGGAGCUGAAGGACAGUGAUGGCCGGCCCGACUGGGAGGUGGCUUCUGAGGCGUGGGAGAACCACCUGCGUAGAAACCGUUCCAUCGUGGUGGAUCUGUUCCACGGUCAGCUCAAGUCCCAGGUGAAGUGUAAGACCUGCGGCCACAUCAGCGCUCGCUUCGACCCCUUCAACUUCCUGUCUCUGCCCCUGCCCAUGGACAGCUCCAUGCAUCUGGAGAUCACUGUCAUCAAACUGGACGGCUCCACGCCUGUGCGCUACGGCUUGAGGUUGAAUAUGGAUGAGAAGUACACAGGGCUGAAGAAACAGCUGAGCGAACUGUGCAGCCUGAAGCCUGAGCAGAUCCUCCUGGCUGAGGUCCAUACUUCAAACAUCAAGAACUUCCCUCAGGACAACCAGAAGGUCCGUCUGUCUGUCAACGGCUUCCUGUGUGCGUUUGAGGUCCCAGUGCCAGGUUCACCAACAUCACUGAGCUCACCCACCCUCACAGACAUCACGCCUAUAGCCAAUGGCUGCGCUGCUAACGGGCAUCUUGCUAAUACGCCCGUCCUCAUCCCUAACGGUGGGCCCAGCACCAUGGUGCCCUGCAGCCCAGAGACGCCUGUGGCCAACGGGGUCGCCAAUGGUCACAUAACACCGGUGCAGGAGAGCCCCUUCAUUGGAUACAUCAUCGCCAUGCACAGGAAGAUGAUGCGUACGGAGUUGUACUUCCUAUCAUCUCAGAAGAACCGGCCCAGUCUGUUUGGCAUGCCGCUCAUUGUUCCCUGCACAGUCCACACCAGUAAGAAGGACCUGUACGAUGCAGUCUGGAUCCAGGUGUCCCGACUGGCCAGCCCGCUGCCCCCUCAGGAGGCCAGCAACCAUGCCCAGGACUGUGAUGACAGCAUGGGUUACCAGUACCCCUUCACUUUACGGGUUGUGGGGAAGGACGGCAACUCCUGUGCCUGGUGUCCCUGGUACAGGUUCUGCAGAGGUUGUACAAUAGAGUGUACAGAGGACAGAGCUUCUGUGGGGAAUGCUUAUAUAGCUGUGGACUGGGACCCCACUGCCCUGCACCUCCGCUACCAGACCUCCCAGGAGAGGAUUGUGGAGGAGCACUGCAGUGUGGAGCAGUCUCGUCGAGCCCAGGCCGAGCCCAUCAGCCUGGACAGCUGUCUGAAGGCCUUCACCAGCGAGGAGGAGCUGGGAGAGGAUGAGCUCUACUACUGCUCCAAGUGCAAGACCCACCGGCUGGCCACCAAGAAGCUGGACCUCUGGAGGCUGCCACCCAUACUAAUUGUCCACCUGAAGCGCUUCCAGUUUGUGAACGGUCGCUGGAUCAAGUCCCAAAAGAUCGUCAAGUUCCCGAGGGAGAAUUUUGACCCCAGCGCCUUCCUGGCUCCCAGAGACCUGGAGCAGCACUGCCUCCACUCCCGCAGCGAGAGUGAGGAUCUGCUGAGGGUUGGAGAAGACAACUUGUCCUCCAUCUCUGCCCCUGCUGGCUUCUGUAACCUCCCCAAAGCCUCCCCCGCCUCAAGCAGGAAGUCGGCACCUUCUCUCAGCCGGAAUAGUAGCCCCUCCGGCAGCCCAAAGACCGGCAGUGGAGGCCGUAGACCGGGCCGGCUACGCCUGCCCCAGCUGGGCAGUAGACACCGCCUCUCUAACAGCAAGGAGAACCUGGAUGGAGCUGCUAAUCCUGAAGCCGAGGCGCCACAGGCAGACACAGAGGGCAGCUCGGGAGCAGGUGUGCCCGGAUCAGGAGAGCCGAAUGCAUCAGACUCAUCCCGCAGUAGCGAGGCGUCCAGCAGCCACUGUGACGUGGUGCUGGUGAACGGAGAGAGCAACGGGCUGAGCUCAGACUGCAGCACAGAGAGCAGCAUGGACCCCGACAACUCUCUGCUGCAGCACAGAGACAACAUGUGUCUGGACGCCAUCUACAACCUCUAUGCAAUAUCAUGCCAUUCAGGAAUCAUGGGAGGAGGCCACUAUGUGACAUAUGCCAAAAACCCCAAUGAGAAAUGGUACUGUUACAAUGACAGCAGCUGCAAGGAAGUGCACUCUGAGGAGAUCGACACCGACUCGGCCUACAUCCUCUUCUACGAGCAGCAGGGAGUCGACUACUCCCAGUUCCUGCCAAAGAUCGACGGCAAGAAGAUGGCCGACACCAGUAGCAUGGACGAAGACUUUGAGUCCGACUACAAGAAAUACUGCGUCCUCCAGUGAUUGCAGCUCGUCUUCCAUCAACCAGCACUACACCUGCUCUCCGCUUUCAGCCUGCUGCCCUGAGCAGGAACCGCCACACGUUCAGAACCUUCUGAAGAAUAUCUCACAAACUGCUAAAGACUAGUCAGACUGUGCUCUCUGUCUUUAGGGAUGCGCCGCAGCACUUUCUACACUUGAUCGCAAACAUGGAUGAGCGAAAAAGGUUUGCCAAGACAACAAUAAAGCCCCCCUGUGAAAGCACUAAACUGGUGCACUUUGCUGAGCCCGACGAUACAACCCCCACCCUGCCCUCCCGUGAGCCUCGCCAUAACAUACAUGUAACAUAUACUUGCAUACUAACGCAUCUCUGAAUGUAUGCCACAUUGGCCAAGUCAUGAGGUGAUGUUGCUUUCUUAUUGUGCAUUUAUCACUUGUGAUGUCAGAAUGAAACAAAGACAUUUGCACCUGGAGGUAAUAUUUUUUACCUGAAGAGGGAGGAUGUGUUCCAGGUGUGAAUACGAGGCUGAUAAUUAGAUAUGGCUUGAGUUUUAAAUGCCAACUGUACAUGGGGCACAACCGUUAAAGAACUUGUGUGUUGGUGUCACAUUUGGUGCCACAGGCCAACCCGAUGUCGAAAUUUGGUAUCUAGGAUAUUGGAUACUGUGAUGAGCUUUUAAAGAAUGGUUCUCCAAAGGUUUUAUUAGCGAUAGUGGAACUAGGGAAAACAUAAGUCAUACGCUACCUCAUCGCUUCCCACAGUCUGCCGGCCAACUGUACCCUAAAAGUCUGUGACAGUAUUAAUAAUAAUUAAAUGCUUCCUUCCGGUGUAGGAGACGUGGUACAAACAUUUCAGGAACACCACUCAUUUAAAACAAAAAACAUAAUCCACCCCCCUCAGCUAUCCCUUCCAGGACGCUCACACAGGUCCUGAAAGUCACAUAAAAUUAGGCAAUAUUGCCAAGACUGUGUGUCCAUCCCACAGCUGCCAAAUAUCCGUGGUGAUUCGUGCAAUGUUGACCUCCUGUGUGUAGCUACAACUCCUCUGAAAGCCCAAAACACUGAGUGUGAACCUGGGUUUGUUUAGAACAGGUGCCAUGAUUUCAAAAUAGAAAUGCAUAAAGAUUAAUAUACAGUAUAUGUUGAACCGUUUUUUUUUGUUUUUUUUUUCCCUGCUAAUGUGUUGUUUUUUUUAAGAUUUAUUUUAUUGUUGUGAUUUUUUUUUUCUUAAGGCAGGCUUCAGGAACCUCUUCAGAUCAGGAAUGAAUAUUUAGCUGGAAGCCUCACACAGAGGGAGCAGGUCUGUCUUCACAGCGCUGGUGCAACAUGCGCCUUAAAUGUGCUGCAAUUCUCCGCAGCUGAAUCAUAGUCACCUGCAAACUCCACACCUUCCCCACUAAGAGACCCCAGAGAACUGGAAGAUUAGGAAUGACUGUCAAAACGGAUUUUACCGGUUAUUUUAACAUGAUUUAACUAGUAACUUGAGACUCCUAACAUUUUCAGAUCAGCAAAGACAAAAACCAGUGCAGCACAAACCAGAGCCAUUGGGGGUUUUUGGGUUGUUUUUUUAAAAUAAUAAAUAUAUGUCAGGAAUUCUUUUUUCCUUGUCAAAGACUGUCCAAUGCUUUACCCAUGAUGCAGCUCAACCGCCAACAAACAUGAGUGUGUGUUAUGCUAAUAGUGGUUGAUGUGACCUGACGCAGCCGCUGAGGUUUUGUAACCUCACCUUAUUCUAACACAAAACCACAAAAACAUGUAAUCGUGACUUUUCAAACUCAAGUCUUUAGACCCAGCUGACACCAGCUUAAAAGAGACUUCAUACAGCUAUACAGUAGUGCUCCCCAACAACUUCAAAGACACGUUGGCCCUUUUCAGACAUGUAAUAUGUAACUUUGCUGCUUCAUCGACGGGUCUGUGUCAUUCAAACAUUGGUCACUUUUACAUCAUUGCUCCUCACAGCUUCAUGCAGACCUACCUGCCUGUCACAGCAGUGUUUUGUCAUGAGCCUGAGAUUGGACAGUACAUCAGUGACUUAGCCUACCUGUCUGGGCUGAAGAGAAAAGACUCCCACAAACAGCUGGAAGCAACAAAGUCAACUUUAGUUCUGAUAAUAUCAUAUGUUUGAUCAAAACCCAGAUUAUAUUUAUUUUAGGUGAAAUUUAUAUUUACAGAAAAUUGACCAGGGUGCUCAUUCAGAUGCCACCAGACUUUGAAUUUGAUGUGUAGAAAUCAGUGGAGUUCUCCUUUAACAACAAGCUGAACAGCAGCCAUUCAGUGUCCUGUCUGGUUGCCUGUUUUAGUAUCACUUCUGUAACCACAGGCUUCCUGCUGCACAUCCAAACAUCACUGCCAUACACCGUAUGUGAAGAUGGCUGCCUCUUCCUCCGUUGGUGUUAAAGUGAAACAUUAAAGAAGGUGCUGGUGAUGUCGUUUGCACACCAGUGACAAGAGGAGGAGGUGUGAUGUUGAGGUCCCACCUCCUGCCCGACUGUCCUCACUGUCUGGAUGCUGGCUAAUGAUGAGUAACUGCUGGCUGUCGAGCUACAUGUCAGCUGCUGUUUACCGUCACAGACUGGUUGUGGUGGUAGCUUUGCAUUUAGGACCGAGCAGGAGGCGAGACCUCAUUCCUGUCUUUACACACAGGCUGUGAUGACCGCAGCAAGGUGGAAAGAUAAACCACUGAAAUUGACCAUGAUCACCAGAUUUUCAAGGGCUGCUGAAGCAGAUGUGUGGGCUGAUGCACACCGUUAAACCACAACAUAGUCCUACAAGGUCAGGGUCUGCGUGCAGCUCUUACAUUUGUAGCUAAUAUUGUUGUGUGCUUUUUUUCAACCCUGCAUCCAAAUCUAAUUAGUAUUUCAUUUGGUUUUAAACCUUUAUGCUGCAUGUUCCUUAACAGAUCUGUGUUUAAUUCAGUUAUCAUUGUUUGCUUUUCCCCCAUUUUGUGCAUUAAUCCCACCCUGAUGGGUCCCAUAAACCCCAUUCAUAUUUCAAAAAGACGUGAUUUGACGCUGCAGAAAGAAAUUGUGUUCAAUUGGAUUUAAAUCAUUUCAGCUAGCUGCUACCAUAACGGCAGCAGACAGUCGUACAUUUCAGCCUGUUUGGGGACGAUGGUUUCAGAUUUUUUCUGAAUUAAUGAUAAAUAUUUAUUUAAUUUAAAUUCGGGAUUGUUUUAGGAAAAUCUACAAUUGCAGAGACCUAAAUCCAACUCCGCUAACUGUCUCAGGACUUUUUCCCUGUUUCCCAUGCAUGAGAUGUGCUUUCCAGAAAAAAAAUCCACAGAAAAUGUCAGUGUCAUAUAGCAUUACCUGAACCCCGUAAGCAACUCUACUGAUAUCAGAUGCUUUGAAAUGAACCAAAGCAUGUAAAAGCUGUCAGAUCUGUAAAAGCAUCACUGGACCCAACGUUUCUAGCUAAUCCUUUGUUCUCUGUGAGCUACAUCUAAAUACUAAAGUUCUAAACUUUUAAAUUGCGUUCCUCCUUUUAUCUUAAGGUGUCGCUACUCGAUGCGACUGUUGAGGUCGAUUUAACAAACCCAUGUUUGCGCUGCGUGAACUCCAGCAGCAGAUCUCAGCCUGCGUACAGCUCCUCCAGCAGGGGCUCAGUCUAAUCACUGUGAACAGACGGUCAGCAGCUCCUGAUGGACGAUUCCCCCAAAUUGUGGAUCACAGAGGAGAUGAGUCUCUGUGUUUGUUCCCCCUUUUUUUUUAGCUGCUGUGUUUGUGUGGAGAAGGCAUCGUUAUGGAUGUAUUUGGAGAGAUAUCUGUCACUGAAUGAAACUUUAUUUUCCUUUGGAAAAAGUACGUUUGUUGAACAAAUGGAAAUGUACAGAUGAGUGCUAUUUAUGUUUGCUUGCUCAGCUCUUAUUUUCUCCUCCACCCUCCUGCCUUUGCACCGAGUUGUAGACGAUGUCCAGUUUGUGUCUGUGUUUGAAACGUCAUCACAUGGCUCAAAGGGAAAAUUGUACUAAGGAUUUGUCUCUUGAGAACCCAGUUUGUAAUGUUUGCUUCAUUUAAAGGUGCAAUAGAUGUUGACUUUUUUGGGGGGCUGUGAAUGUGUCCUCAGACGACCUGUAGCUUCAACUGUAUUAACAAGAAUGCAAAAUUUUAGGUUGGGGUUAAUUUUAGCACAAUUUCCGUGAUCCAGGAACAAAGAUUUUCUGCCCAACAGAACUGAGGUGUGAUGCUGAAAUUGGGCAAACGCUGAUCCUGUAAAACGCAGGGCUAAUAUCGGAAACCCCGCCCCUCCCACAAAGCCCCGCCCAUGACCCCGCCCCCCCAGAAGAUUAGUUUGGAGUGUUGGCAGGCAGUGCAAUCUACUACUGAGCUGUCUGUCAGUGUCUGUAGCCUCUUUUUAUUUAAGUUCAUUUCUCUCAGAUCUGAACCAGACGUGUUAAUUUAAAGAACUUUUUGUAAGGUGUUUGUUGAAAGAAAGUGACAUUGCACUGACAUGAAAACAUGUACAUAAAAAAAAUGUGUUUUGUAAAUAAGCCAAUGAAAACUAUGUAUUUGAAUAUGAACUGUACAAAAUACUGUACUUGUAGUUGUAUAUGGAGUGAUACUGUUGAUCUGUAACAAAAUACCCAAGCAACAAAUUAAAUUCUGCAGAGGAAAUGAUGA